GUUACAUUGGCGUAGUUGUGUCUCCCAAAAAACGGCAUAUUUACCUACAAUCAGCAUCUUCUAUAUCGGGUCAUUUGAGUGCCACACCAAGCACGUCUGCUCAUUUAGAUCAAUCUGUACUGUACUGAGAGAUACGCUUUUUAAAGCAUUUCUAGUCUGUUUUCGAGCAACGAUGUUACAGUUCUUCCGCUCUGUGAGAUGAUGAGAGUGUGGUCGCGAUCAAUGCCCAACUUCAUAAACCCCACGGCUCUUGUCCCGCCAUCUAUAUUUCUACACCCCCCAAAAAAUGACGUCC